AUGCUUCGCCUUGGCCUCCAUCCUUGCCCCCACUUCUCUCCGCCGCCAUCCCACCCCACCCUCCCCCGCCGGUUGGCCGCCUCUCCGCUCCCAAGGCCACCCUUUCCAUCCGCCGUCACCGCGCCCCGAGCUCGAAACCCUCCGCUUCAGGCCGCCGUCAGCGGAGCCGCCUCCGGAGAGGAACGGCGGGGCGCGGAUGGGGACGAGGAAGGCGCGGACCUGCACGAGGCGCUCACCAAGACGCGGCGGCUCGUCGAGUGCGCCAUGUUCGCAUCCGUUGCCGGUCUCGCCUACUUCCUCAGCAACUCCCUCGCCAUCGAGAAUUACUUCAGCUGUUUUUUUCCGUUGCCAAUAGUCAUCUCCUCCUUAAGAUGGGGAUUAGAAGCCGGCAGGAAAACUAUGGUGGCUACUGUUUUACUGCUCUUCACAUUGUCUGGCCCUGUCAAAGCGUUGACUUAUCUGCUUAUGCAUGGAGUAGUUGGUCUAUCCAUGGGUACUAUGUGGAGGUUGGAGACCAAUUGGAUUGUUUCCAUCAUAAUCUGCGCAAUUAUACGUGCAGUGGGAGCUUGUGGAUAUGUGUUAGUGACAUCGUUCUUGAUACGAGAAAAUAUUUUUCAGUUGAUAACCGUUAACAUACAUGCCUCCUUGACGUACAUUCUGGCGGCGGCUGGUGUGAACACGAUUCCAUCCAUGGAUGCAAUAUAUGUUAUCUUUGGGACACUGGUUCUGCUCAAUUCUGGAUUCUUUGUCUUCAUACUGCAUAUAAUUUACACAAUCUUCCUGACUAAGCUGGGAAUCAAGCCUUCACUGAGGCUUCCACGAUGGCUGGGGAAAGCAACGUCUAGUUGA